UAGUUUGCCAUCCUGUUUUUCAGUUGUAUCCCUCAACUUGGGAGAAGGCUUCUGCGUCUCUUCCACCUCUGCCAAGUUCAUCAAUGGCAAAUGCAUCACAACAAAAAGGUAAGGCGGGGCCAUCAGCUUCCAUUCGUGGACACCUCUUCAGCACGGAGUCUACAGUUCCUGCUAUUAUUGUUGUUGAUUGUUUAUCCUGUGACAACACACAUUAUAGCACCAUCGCGCUAGACUCCGCAUGCACGUGACAGGAAAAAAGCUGUCCAAGGUAAGCACAGGAGGAGAGACAGCAGAGAAGAUGAACAAACAGGAAGGAGGAGAGAGAACAGUUUGAUAUAAUGAACAGCAGUCGAGCACACCAACUGCCCAAGCCCUUUGCAAGCCCCCCAGCGGAGGAGAGUUUACGGGGGGAUUUGAAGAAGAAGUGCAAUGCAACGGCCUGAUAAAUCUUCAUGGGAAGCGGUCAUGCAUAAAAGGGCAGAAUGAGAGAAGACCUGGAGGUGCUUGAGGGACAUCUGGACUAGUAGAGAGAGCGAGGUGGGGGUCAAUAUGUCAAUAAUGUGCAAGAGUUGACAGAUAGGGCAGGGCGAAGCUUUGAAAGGCCUCAGGCAAGGCCAAGCAGCCUGAAAUUGAUGUUGUAGAAAAAUGAAUUCGUCUGCCGGCUUCUGGAAAAGGACGAGGUGGCGGCAGUGGUCAGUGUGAUGGGCCAGGCAAUUGCUAGUAAUUUGUGUUUCGGGCUGUGCCAGAUGGGGGGGCCAAUGGAUGCAGCGAGCUGGGAGGACACAGCAUCAGAACAGUAUGAGGUUCGUGGAAGCAGCAUUUUGAACAAACUUGCAGGGGCAAGAUCGGGUCUCAAGUGGCAAGAAUUCUCUGCACCAUGAGGCACUAGGACUGUUUAUUGAACUGAGCCAUGUGCACUGACUUGCUUUGUAAAGAUAACAUCUGCCAAUUGACCAUGGCGAAUAGGCAGGAGUGGGCAGAUGUUGAAGGAGACGGGAAGCUGAAAUCUGUUUGUGUUAAUGGGGUGGCUGUUGACAAGACAUACAAAAGAGCAGCAGGCACUGAAUCUCAUGCUGGGCCUAGGGACCCUCGCCCUGGGCCUCACACAUCUCGUCAGAGGCAAAAGAAGCCACACCCCAGAACCAGAUACAAGUCAGCCUCUGGUGACAAGCUGCUGGCUGGGAAAAGCAGGUCACAAGCCAGGCGAAGCUUACCACAGGAGGGAAGCAGCAUACCACCAGCCAAGGGAACCGCAGCACCGGCCAGGGAGAGCAAAUCACAGGCUGAAAGGAGCACACUGAGGACUGGGGAGAGUGCUCCGCAGGCCAGAGAGAGCAGAGUCCCUGCUGGCCUCGGCACAGGACCCACACCCGCCAUGGUGGAGUACUAUGAAGCCCUGGGCAUUCCCCGCAGCGCCUCCUCUGACGACAUAAAAAAGGCGUACAGGAGGGCAGCGCUGAAAUGGCACCCGGAUAAGAACCCGGAGAACAAGGAACAUGCUGAGCGGAAGUUCAAAGAAAUCGCGGAGGCCUAUGAAGUGCUGUCGGACAAGAGCAAGCGCGACCUCUACGACUGCUACGGCAAGGACGGGCUCACGGGGGCAGGGACUGGGGAUCCCCGGGGUGGUGCCGGAGCUCCGGGCUUCACCUUCACCUUCCGCGGCGCAGAUGAGGUCUUCAGAGAGUUCUUUGGGGGACGAGAUCCUUUCGCUGACUUCUUUGAUGACGUGGGCCUGUUCUCAGAUCUGCACGCUGGAGGCCCGCGGGGCCACGGGCAGGGGGGCCCCUCUGUUGCCUACUCCUUCUGCUCCUACGCCUUCCCAGAGCAGUCAGAUUUCUUCUCCUCGUCCUUCAGCCCCGGCACCAGCCCCGGAAUCGGCUUCCGCUCGGUUUCCACCUCCACCACCUUCGUCAAUGGCAAACGCAUCACCACGAAGAGGGUCGUCGAGAACGGCCAGGAGCGGGUGGAAAUCGAGGAGGAUGGAGAGCUGAAAGCGACAGAGGUGAAUGAUGUAGCCAAAAACGUGGAGCCUCAGGUGGGGCUGCACCGCCAGGAACAGCACGACAUCCUGAGCUCUGCAUCUGACUCCCCCACCCCGCAGCGCCCCCAGAGCACGGCCUCCUCCUACGUGCUCCCCGAAGAGGAAGACAAAGAUCUGCACCGGGCCAUGGCCUACAGCCUGUCGGAGCUGGAGGACGUGGGGCAGCACCGAGUGGACGCCCGCGGCUCCAAGAAGAGACGGGGCAGCGCGCGGAGGGCCCGCAACGGGGCCAGUGAGGAGGCAGGCGCUGCCCUGGCGCCUCAGAGCAGAGCGAAGGGAGCAGAGAGCCCUGGCGGGGGAGACAACGCGAAGGAGGGAGAGGAGAGGAUGGCCGAGGUACAGAAGAUGGGGGGCAAUCCUGGAGCUGCGGGGGGCGGGUUGGUGCCGGACGAGAGCGAGUUCACGCUCAGCGACCUCAAGUCAGCGCUUGCUGAGAUCGAGUCUGCUCCUGACGAGAUGGAGUCGGUCGUGUGUGUCCUCCUGUGAUGGUGGCCACUGGGAGCCCUCAGCAAGCUGGGAUCCGCCAGGCCUGUGGCAGGCAGUGGCUAGUAAAGGUCAGAGUCAGCGCUCCGA